AUGCCCCCACCGGGACUGCCGCCUAGUACAGAUCUUAUGAUCCCUCAGACAUUUGAGUGGGAAAAUCAGACUAUAAUAACAGAAUUUAUUCUUUUGGGACUCUCCAAUGAUCCAAAAAUACAAGAUUUUCUUCUUUUCUUCUUCAUGAUCAUAUUUUUAGUCACCAUCUUGGGGAAUAUGGUAAUUAUAUUGGUGAUCAAGUCUGAGUUUCAUCUUCAGACCCCCAUGUUCUUCUUUCUCAGCCAUUUAGCUUUUGUUGACAUCUGCUAUUCCUCAGUCACUGUUCCCAAGAUGCUGUCAAACUUUAUUACAAAGCAGAAAAGUAUUUCCUGGGAAGGAUGCAUUGCACAGAUUUUCUUUUUUCUACAAACCUCUUGCACAGAAGUAUUCAUCCUCUCAGCAAUGGGUUAUGAUCGUUAUGUGGCCAUAUGUAAUCCACUUCAUUACAACAGAUACUUGACAAAAGAGAAGUGCAAUAAAAUGAUGGGUGGAGCAUGGUUCCUGGGUCUCUUGGGUGCCAUAGGGAAUGUCCUGCCUUUGCUAGAUCUCCAUUUUUGUAGCAACAAUAUCAUCAGACACUAUAAUUGUGACCUUCCUUCACUCUUGCCUUUGUCUUGUGCAGAGACUCUGACUAAUUAUAUUGUUCUUCUAAUAUUUGUGUUGGCAUUUGGGUUCAGCUCAUUUCUUUUCACCCUGGUCUCUUACAUUAAUAUUAUUUCAUCCAUUCUCAAAAUAAAAUCAUCAGCAAGCAGGCAAAAAGCUUUUUCCACAUGCAGCUCCCAUCUUAUUGUUGUGGGCCUAUUUUACAUUACAGCAUUUGUUCACUACACGAGGCCAAGUUCAGAAUCACUAAUGGAUUUGGACAAAGUAAUCUCCAUUCAGUAUAGCAUUUUAACUCCUAUGUUAAACCCAAUUAUCUAUAGUUUGAAAAACAAACAGAUCCUAUCUGGUGUGGAAAAACUCUUUGGAAAGUGUAAGGUCUUUUUUUUGUCAUGA